UUCAGAGUCUGUUGUUGGCUCAAGGUCACGGGUUUCGCUCAUAUGCGGGUAUGGUGAUCUUGUUCAUAUAUCGCCAACGCUAAUAGGACGUCGACGUGGAAUGCAGCAUUAGUUUCCCUUCAGGGGUGUUAUAGGAGAUGCACCGCACGGCUGCUUGUUUGGGUAGGUCAUCCUGCCCCGCUCCCGUGAGGGGGUUCGGACAAGCACCCACCAAAUCUUCCAUCCACACGCCAUCAGGCUCGAGAACGGGGACGGCUCGCCGGUCCGAGGGCGCCACUUUCCGCUUCGGGACAGGAUGGCAGGUCGUGUUAAAAGAUGGUGGCAUGCGAACUACCAUGGCAGUAUCUUUUCUUAUACCUCAGACGUCAUUGAGGCCCUUUUCUAACAGCACUACGGCUUGUAGCUAGCAAGAUGAAAUUCCGCGAUGGCAUGUGGUUGGUCAACGACCAAUUCACGGUUCAGCAUGCGGAAGAGAUAUACUCCGUUACGCCACGCGAAGACAAGCAAGCAGUAAUUCUUUUGGCUCCCACGAAAAAGAUCUUCUCGAGAGGUGAUACCCUUAAUCUCGCAACCCUCUCCGUGGAGUUGGAGGCACAGUUCGAUGGUGUGAUAUCUCUUGAAGUCACUCAUCAUUCAGGUGCCAGGCGACUUGGUCCGAACUUCGACUUGUUCCCGGAUGGACGACCACCGUCACUUGGCAAGAUCAAGGAAAGCGUAGAUAGGAAAGGGAUCACAAUCACCUCGGGUUCGCUGAGCGCUACCGUUAGUGGCAAUGACCACACUUUCGACAUCAAAUUCCAUGCCACUGACGGCUCGAAAUACCUCACUGCCUUACUGGGCCGCAGUGUUGGUCUCGCCUACACGCCUGCUUUGAGCACGCCAAAGCAAGUUGAGGACCUAAGCGCGCACAAACACUAUGUCUUCACGCAGACAGAGCUGAGUGUUGGCGAGUCUAUUCAUGGCCUGGGUGAAAGGUUCGGUGCUUGGAACAAGAUCGGCCAGAAUGUCGAGGUAUGGAAUGAGGAUGGUGGAACUUCCAGCGAACAGGCCUACAAGAACAUCUCAUUCUGGCUGAGCUCAAGAGGCUAUGGUGUUUUUAUUGACACGCCGGAUAAGAUCGAUCUGGAGAUUGGAAGUGAGCGAUGUUCGAGACUGCAAACAACGGUUGAGGGACAGAGACUGAAGUGGUAUCUUAUCCACGGACCAACCCCAAAGGAGGUGUUGACCAAGUAUUCAAUCAUAACGGGCAAGGCAAAUCGCGUCCCAGCAUGGUCAUAUGGCCUUUGGCUCAGCACUUCCUUCACUACUUCAUACGAUGAGAAGACUGUCAAUCACUUCGUUUCGCGCAUGUCGGAGUCUAAGAUCCCAGUUGAGGUGUUCCACUUUGACUGUUUCUGGCUCCGCGCUUUCCAUUGGUGCGACUUCGUGUGGGAUCCGGAGUUCUUCCCUGAUGCCAAAGGUCAGAUUCAACGCGGAAAGGAGGCCGGACUGUUCAACAAAGUCUCGGUAUGGACAAACCCUUACGUUGGCCAAGCGAGUCCCGUCUUCCAGUACGCCGCCGAGAAGGGGUAUUUGCUCAAGAAGACCAACGGCGAUGUCUGGCAGUGGGACUUAUGGCAGACCGGCAUGGGCGUUGUGGACUUCACGAACCCAGAAGCAUGCGAAUGGUUCGGUGGCUGUAUGGACAAAUUAUUCGAGAUGGGUGUUGAUUCGAUCAAGACCGACUUUGGCGAACGCAUUCCUACCAAAAACGUUCAGUGGCACGAUAAAAGCGUCGACCCCAGCCGUAUGCACAACUACUAUGCCUUCGCCUACAACAAGCUUGUAUACGAAGCGGUGCAGAGAAAGUUCGGCAAGAACGAAGCCAUCUUGUUUGCACGGACCGCAUGCGCUGGCUCACAACGCUUCCCGUUGCAGUGGGGCGGUGACUGCGAGUCCACACCCGCUGCACUUGCCGAGUCAGUGCGAGGAGGUCUCAGCCUCGGUCUGGCAUCGUUUGCCUUCUGGACCAGUGAUAUUGGUGGUUUCGAGGGUAGUCCACCUCCAUGGAUCUACAAGCGCUGGGUGGCCUUCGGAUUGCUCAACUCACACAGUCGACUGCAUGGAUCCAACUCGUACCGUGUGCCUUGGCUCGUGGAUGACUCUUCAACAGAGCCAGAGAAUUGCACGGACGUUCUCAGACAUUGGGUACAAAUCAAACGUCAGCUGAUGCCAUACCUAUAUGCACAGUCUGUUGAGAGUGUCGCGAAUGGCUGGCCCACUAGCGUUCGUGCAGUUGCGCUUGAAUUUCCUGAUGAUCCAACAACUUGGUUUUGCGAUCGCGAAUUCAUGGUAGGAAGUCAAAUCCUGGCUGCUCCAGUCUUCGAAGAGGAUGGUACUGCUGAGUACUACCUACCACCGGGUCGAUGGUUCAGCUUCUGGGAUGGAGAUGUGGUCCAAGGUGGUAGAUGGAUCCGCGAGAAGUUUGGUUUCCUCCAGUUGCCGCUGUUUGUACGCGAAGGAAGCGUGCUAGUUCUUGGUCAAGCAGAAGGCUCCGGUGGCUUCGCCUAUGAUUGGCUGAGCUCUGGAGGCGAGGUGCGUCUGUACGGUGUCAAACAAGGUGACAAAGCUGUACUUGUGGACACCAACGGUGAUGAGAAGGCUACCUUGGAGGUUGACUCGAACGGUGAGCUGACAGGCCUGGACGCCUUGACUGGUGACUGGAAGGUCUCGAAGCUCGGUUAGGAAUGCGGAACGCUGAAUACGGGUGUGCUGCUACAAGCAGCACACGGACAACCAGACUGCGCGAUUGAAUAGGAGUAGGUAAAGUCCAGCCGCGUACCAGUUUUA